UCAAUAUGUCAAAAUUGAAAUAGUGUAGACAAUCCCAUCCCGUGAACAAUAUUUUGUGAACAUGAAAAACCAACAGACAUAAAUAUAAGAAUAUGUCACCAACAUGUAGCUCCGUCAAGAAAUAAUUACACCAAAUGUUAUACUAUGAAUCCUAACAAAUACGGCUUUAUAGAUGAUGCUAAGGUACCACGGGUAAUAGCUAAAUGUCACAGAGGGACCCAAACGAAUGAAAAUUCUGAUAGUUCUCUUAAUUCCUCAAAAUCAAAGGGCACAUCACCACGCAAAGGUUCCUCACAGGACUUGGCAGUAAAAGUCUUUGAAUUUAAUGAAAUAGUACAAGAUUCAGAUCAUCCAGAAUUAAUAACAAUUAUCAGGGACUCCUUUUCUGAAGAAACACUUGAACAUACUGAUGCGCAAACGAAAGACACUACCUCUAAUAGAUACAGAUAUUGUAGAGAGGUAAUUAAACCGUUUCUUACAAAAGAUUAUUCUAAAGACUGCCAAAGUUCAGAUGACGAAAUUAUCAAAGACGUUUUGGAAUCAGUAGAAAAAGACUAUCCAGACUAUAAGCCAUGUUUUAAAACCUGUAGUACUGGUACAGAUAAUUGUAAACCGAAGGACUCUGUAACUUCAAUAAAACAAAAACAACCAGUUUGUAAAACGAGUAACACGUUUUUUUGUGAUAAAGUUGAAGCAAAAUCUCCCGCUCAGGCAGAGGUUGGAAGUCUUAUUUUUCCUGUCCCAUCAUCUAUACAUGCUGAAAACAGCUCAUCAGAUUGUACUAGCAUAAGAAGUAUGGAUAAGUUUUGCGCACCAUCUAAGAAUUGCGAUAAAGAUUCAAAUUGUCCGAAAAUAAAUGCGGAUAAGAGAAGAGAGAAUAAUAAUACACCUGAUGGCCAAUACGACGAGCCAUAUGAUCCGUGUGCGAAACCUAAAUGUGAAAAAAAAAAUAAAACAUGUGAACCAGAAAUUCAAACUUGUAAAAAGCCAAGAGCUACUGCGAAAGUACCCUCGCCACCUGUCUGUCCUGAGAACGAUGGUCUACCUUGUACACGAAAACUGAAAUCUGGCUGUGAAAGUGCGGAAGAUUUGAAAGAAUUAGAAAAGCAAAGGAGAAGGGCGGCUGCUGGUGCGUGUGGAGGGGCAAGUGCAGGUUCGAGCAAGGUGGACCUCUUUCCUUCGCCUCGUAGCCCUCUAGGGCAAAAGUCUAUUAUAGAUGCACACCGUGAAGCACUUGAUACAGUGAUGCAGGCUGCGUCUCUUGUGAUCUGUAAAGCUUAUGAUACGACCAAGGACACUGUUAGUUUGAUACAAAGCGGAAGUGCAAAACACCUGGAAAAAAUUAAAGCAUCAAAAUCGGAAUGUGAAGAUAUGUGUAACGGGCCGCCACAGCCUCCACCCAAAAAGAAAGAUCCGUGUGAGAUUUCAAAUAUCGUUAGCAAGAAAAAUCUAAUGGAAACGAUAGAUAAAUUGGAGACUUUAGAUGCCGAGGAUGUAUUGCAUAAAAUGGUUGAGAAAAUGGAUUCUACCAUAUCUAUGAUAAGUGAACAUAUAGAUUUUGAUACUAUAGCCAAUAUUUUAAAGAGUGAUCAAAAGAAUGAUUAUGAUAAACCGACAACUCCUCCCCAAAAAUUGAAAUUAAGACCUUCACACCAUUCUCCAGAUGAGCAACCUAGUAUAGAGUCUAGUAUACAUGAUAGUAUUCAGGCAAAUAUUAACACUGCUGGCAAUGUAUUCACAGCUAUUAAAAGUAAAAUUUUCUCAAUUUUCUCUGAGGUAACGAAAGGGACAGAUAAGGAGAAACCAGAUGAGCAAAGGGAAGAUUUCGAUGAUGAAGACGAAAGUUAAUUGGGCAUUGAUCUAUUACGUUGUUAUAACAAUGAAUUAUCUAUAAAAAUUGCA